UAGCACUGAAGGCUCUGGGUAAAUCGUGUCACACGAGAGGCAGCGUGUAACAACCUGCACACAAUUUUUAAAUAACCACCGUGCUUUUCCCAGAACGAGUUGUGGCAGGUCUAUUUUUAACCGGAAUGUGCCCAACCUUGCCCGAGCUCCUUUCUCCGCGUUUUUUUCUGGCUCGCUUCCCACGCCACGACUGCAUCAAGGUUAACUGGACCGUCCUGCCGGGCUCCUCCUGCCUCCCCCAAAGGAGCACCAGCCCGGUUCUGCUCGCCCUCCGUGGCAGGGCAGGGCAGGGCCACCCUCGGGCGCCGCUGCCCCGCUCUUUCCCCGCUCCCUGCCCCGAUAAGGCUCCGCAGGGACUCUGCCCUCCGCCCCCAGAGCAGCCGCACGCCCCGGCAGCAUUUCACAACCGGCCCGGCAGCGCCAGACCCGCUGCCACCCGCGGAGCCCACGGAGCACGGCAGGAGCAUCCCCGAGCGCGGGCCAAGUGCUGAGCAGCCAUGGAGAAGAUGCAGCAGAUCGUGGGGCGGGCCAGGGCCGCCUUCAGGUCGGGCCGGAGCCGCCCGCUGGAGUUCAGGAUCCAGCAGCUGAAGGCCCUGGAGAGGAUGGUGCAGGAGAAGGAGAAGGAGAUCCUGGCAGCCCUCAAGGCCGAUCUGAACAAGUGUGGGCACAACGCCUACAGCCAUGAAAUCCUGGGCGUGCUGAGUGAGCUGGCCCUCACCAUGGAGAAGCUGCCAUCCUGGGCAGCCCCUCAGCCCGUGAAGAAGAACCUGCUGACCAUGAGGGAUGAGGCCUACAUCGGCUACGAGCCCCUGGGGGUGGUGCUGAUCAUCGGGGCCUGGAACUACCCCUUUGUGCUGGUGAUGCAGCCCCUGAUCGGGGCCAUCGCAGCAGGCAACGCCGUGGUGGUGAAGCCGUCGGAGGUGAGCGAGAACACGGCUCGGCUGGUGGCUGAGCUCCUCCCACAGUACCUGGACAAGGAUCUGUAUGCUGUGGUCACUGGAGGAGUUCCUGAGACAACCGAGCUGCUGACCCAGAGAUUUGAUCACAUCCUCUACACUGGCAACACUGCAGUGGGCAAAAUUGUGAUGGCAGCAGCUGCCAAGCACCUGACCCCUGUCACCCUGGAGCUGGGGGGGAAGAGCCCCUGCUACAUCGACAAGGACUGUGACCUGGCUGUCGCCUGCAGGCGGAUAACGUGGGGCAAGUACAUGAACUGUGGGCAAACCUGCAUCGCCCCAGACUACAUCCUGUGUGACCCAUCCAUCCAGAGCAAGGUGGUGGAGAACAUCAAGGCGACUCUGAAGGAAUUCUAUGGGGAGGACGUGAAGUCAUCUCCAGACUAUGAAAGGAUCAUCAACCAGCGUCACUUCAAGAGGAUCCUGGGCUUACUGGAAGGGCAGAAGAUCGCUUAUGGGGGAGAGACUGAUGAGGCCUCCUGCUUCAUAGCACCAACCAUCCUCACGGAUGUUUCCCCGGAGUCCAAGGUGAUGGAGGAGGAAAUCUUUGGACCAGUGCUGCCCAUUGUGACUGUCAAGAGCGUGGAGGAAGCCAUUGAGUUCAUCAACCUUCGGGAGAAGCCUCUUGCUCUGUAUGUCUUCUCUAACAACAAGCAGCUGAUCAGACGGGUGAUAGCAGAGACCUCCAGCGGUGGCAUGACAGCCAACGAUGUCAUCAUGCACUCCGUGCUCCCCGAGCUGCCCUUCGGCGGUGUGGGCCACAGCGGGAUGGGCGCCUACCACGGCAGGCACAGCUUCGAGACCUUCUCCCACCACCGUGCCUGCCUGAUCAAGGACCUGAGGUGGGACGUUGUGAACAAGCUGAGGUACCCACCUGGCAGUGUGGAGACGAUGCAUUUGGCCAAGAUUUUCCUGCUGAAGCAGUGUUACAGGAGCAGAGUGGGACAAUUCAUCUCGGCCCUGCUGGCGGCUGUGAAAGCCGUGGUGGCAAAGGUGUUGUGCCCCCACUGAGAGGGGUGAUGGGCA